UUUCUCUCUUUAUUGUCAAUUUAAAAGCUCCACGUUUCUUCUUCUCGCUCGCUCGCUCCCUAUAUCGUCCAGAUUCUCUCUGUAGAGUUUAUCACUCCCCUCUUUUGUUUGAAUCGUUUCUACUUCGAUUCGAUUCUGCGAUCUACUCGGAAACAAGGAGGAAAAAAUGGAUCAAUCAUCAAAUAGAUUUGGGAGUGGUGGUGGUGGAGGAGGAGGAGUGGAAUCAAUUUUACCAAACUACAAGCUUGGUAAAACACUUGGCAUUGGAUCUUUCGGCAAGGUCAAAAUCGCUGAGCAUCUUCUCACUGGCCACAAGGUUGCUAUCAAAAUCCUCAAUCGCCGCAAGAUCAAGAACAUGCAAAUGGAAGACAAAGUGAGGAGGGAGAUUAAGAUUCUCAGGUUGUUUAUGCAUCCUCAUAUCAUUCGUCAGUAUGAAGUCAUAGAGACCCCUAGUGACAUUUACGUUGUGAUGGAGUAUGUCAAGUCCGGUGAGCUCUUUGAUUAUAUUGUUGAGAAAGGCAGAUUACAAGAGGACGAGGGUCGUAACUUUUUCCAGCAGAUAAUAUCUGGUGUGGAGUAUUGCCACCGCAAUAUGGUUGUCCACAGAGACUUGAAGCCUGAGAAUUUGCUUUUGGACUCGAGGUCCAAUAUUAAGAUUGUUGACUUCGGCCUCAGUAAUGUCAUGCGUGACGGUCACUUUCUUAAGACCAGCUGUGGUAGCCCCAACUACGCUGCUCCCGAGGUUAUAUCAGGAAAAUUAUACGCUGGACCUGAAGUAGAUGUAUGGAGUUGCGGAGUUAUAUUGUAUGCUCUUCUCUGUGGCACUCUUCCUUUUGAUGAUGAAAACAUUCCCAACCUUUUCAAGAAAAUUAAGGGUGGGAUUUACACACUUCCAAGCCAUUUAUCGGCUGAUGCUAGAGACCUGAUCCCAAGGAUGCUCGUAGUUGACCCGGUGAAACGAAUCACCAUUCCUGAGAUCCGUCAACACCGUUGGUUCCACACUCAUCUCCCUCGUUAUCUUGCUGUUUCUCCACCAGAUACAGCUGAGCAAGCCAAAAAGAUCAAUGAGGAAAUAGUUCAACAAGUGGUUACCAUGGGAUUUGACAGAAACCAGGUUAUGGAAUCUCUUCGCAACAGAGUACAAAACGAUGCUACUGUUACGUACUACCUGUUGUUGGACAACCGGUUCCGUGUUACAAGUGGCUAUCUUGAAUCUGAGUUUCAAGAGACAAUAGACAAUGGUUCCAAUCCUAUGCAAGCGGCUGCUGCUUCACCUGUCGGCCACUGGGUUCCUACACAUAUGGAUCAGUACGGAUUGGGAGCAAGAUCACAAGUCCAAGCUGAACGAAAAUGGGCUCUUGGACUUCAGUCCCAUGCGCAUCCUCGUGAUAUCAUGAAUGAAGUAUUGAAAGCCCUUCAAGAACUCAAUGUGUGUUGGAAGAAGAUUGGGCACUACAACAUGAAAUGCCGAUGGGUUCCUGGUUUUUCUGAUGGUCAGAAUACUAUGGAGAACGAUCAGAGCAUCAUUGAGGAUGACUGUGCCAUGACCUCACUGACCGUCAUCAAAUUUGAGCUUCAGCUAUACAAAGCACGCGAAGAGAAGUACUUGCUGGAUAUACAGAGAGUUAACGGUCCUCAGUUUCUCUUCUUGGAUCUAUGCGCCGCCUUUCUUACCGAGCUCCGUGUGAUCUGAAGCUUUUAACCAUUUGUUAAGACAUUAUUAUAAUUCAUGUUUCACGGUUUGUAAUAGUAGAGAAGACGAUAUAGUAUGUGGGGGUGCAGUGUCUUUUUAUUUUGCCGGGUUACUUUUAUAUAUUACCUGGAUUCCAAGUUAAACUCUCUUCUGUAAUAGUUACUAUCUUUCCCCCUUUUUGAUGGUUUCUAAAUGUUUGAUCAUGUGUACAUAAAGCUUGGCUGUUUUCAGGAUACACUUGAGUUUCUUUAAUCUUGGGGGUUACAAACUCAGUUUAUCUCUUUGAUCACCAUGUCUUGGUGUUAUUUUCUAAGAGAGGUUUAGUCUUAUUUUGCUAAAUCUGGUUGGUUUUAUUGUUAUAUUAAUAUACCCAUAUCUUCUUAGUCUUAACCAACAUCAUAUAAUCUCUCAACUCUGGCUUUUUCCAUACUCUCAAAUAGUGCAUGUUAGGAUGUUACAAUAAGACGAGCAUUAUACUCUGUCGAUGUCGUCUUAACUUGUGUUCUUUAGGACUUGCAUGUUGCUACUAGUAAAAUACAAAUCUAUCCCCCAACAUCUUAAGUUUAUAAAACAAAUCGCACGAUACAACUACUAUAUAAAUACCAAGGUACCAUACUAACUCUUGUCAUCAAUCAAAAAUAUUUUUUUAAAAAGAAACUCAAUAUUCGGAGAUGAAGUUAACAGCAAUAGGACUCGUUGUGAUGGUGACAAUAGUGAUGCAAUUGUCUCCGACAAUGGCGUGCGAUGAGAUAGAUUUGCUCCCGUGCUUGCUACCGAUAAUCAAUCCUCCACAGCCUCCGACUACAGGCUGUUGCCAAACAUUAAGAGAUCAGGCGCCUUGUAUGUGUUAUUUCCUCACAAAGUCCUGGCUUCAGUGGACUAUAAUAUCUCCAAAGGGUCACAAACUUUUCGCAGAUUGUAAUAUUCCCUUUCCUAGUUGUUGAAACUGAACCCUCUCAUUAAUAAAAUAUAUUUACAAAUAAAUUACUAUUUGUAUAACUAAAAGUUUGGAUC